AUGGCAAAGAAAAUCCAGAGUGAGAUACGAAGGUUCUCGGAGAAAGGAGUGCUUAAUGAAGCUGAGGCUUUGAGUGGUAAGUGGAAAUCCAUGGCGACUAGAGGAACAAGAGGGAUAGGAAUUGGUGGGUUUACUCGUUUUCGGGUUUAUAAGACUGAUUUUGGUUGGGGAAGACCAGUGAAAGUGGAGAUAGCAACAGUGGAUAUGAAUGGCUUGAUCACAAUGGCAGAAGGAAGAGAAGGAAAUGGUGGGGUUGAACUUGGUUUGCUUCCUUAUAAGAACGAGUUGGAUUUAUUUGCUUCUUCAUUUCGUGAUGCCAUACAAGGUCUUCAUUGGUUUUAA